AGGGGCGCCCCGCUUCGUCGGGUCAGCGAGAUUCUCUCCGUCUCUUUGCCAGUGCCAGAUCAGACGCUCGACCGUUAGCUUAUUUCGCGCGCAUGGUCCCGCGUGGUUAGGCACGCUGAUGAACUCUGUAUCCUGUCUAUCACGCCGUGUGAACGCCUCUCAGCGGGAAUCUGUUCCUCUAUUCGAACACUGGGCCUGAAUAUUUGUGUCUCAGGUUUAGGUAUCAGCGUCCUUUCAGCAGGGUAAUGCGGAACCGUAAAGAUGUAGUAGUUUGAGUGCAUAUAGCGCAGUAACGCGCGAUUCACCGAAGCGUCGCAGCACCUUGUGACCGGCCCGUAUGAUGCGUAAGCAACGAGAGGGAAAAUGAUGGAGUUUCGUGAGAUAUGGGGGUCGUCUUAGGAUAAUUACACGUUGAUGUAUUUUUUUCUCCUCCUCAACCAUUAAACAGGCCGCAGUUUGAGCAGCUGGCCUGCAGAGCAUGCGGCCGGCGUUCGCACCCCCAAAUGGAGGCAGGUCAUCGUCAUCGUCUCCUACGUGUCGUCUACUCGACUCUCGAAGUAUCGCGCCAUUUGCACUGAUUUACCAUGGAUUACGACGUAAUGCCUUCGAGAGCGUCAAGGAGACAGCGGUCGCGAGUGGACCUGCUCCUGGAUGCAUUCCGGCGGCUGUGAGUAAGCCGUCCUACGUUGCACGUGCUUCGAAAGUGCCGGAUAGUCCAGAGCGUGUCCGAUUCCUCGGUGUUAGUGCAGUUCAUUGACUGCAGAGCGCUGUCGAAGAGAGCGUAUGGACCAAGACUGCGGCAUCUCCGUAUGGGGGUGUUUCAACCAUUACCAACUGUGUUUAUUGUGCGACACUUGACAACAUGUCUGUAGGAGGCUGGCUGGCGGGAGGCGCCGAAUCGACUCUGCUCCAUGCCUACCUAGAAUCUUCAGAAAAUGCGUCCACCACAAUGGUGGGCGUAAAGGGAAAAUCAAGUCAAUCGAAUGGCGAGCGGAAAGGUUGUCAUCGAGAGGCUCCUUGCAAUAUUCGCAGAUGCAAAGCAGCGUGCGGGACAAACAGAGUGCGCGCGUUGACCGACUCACUUAGGGUCAUGUGCGCGUCCGUAGCUGCGAGAACACGUUCUUACUACGAACGUCCUCUGAGGCUCGAAGCCAGUUCGAGCACAGUUCCAGUAGAGGAGCAGCGGCGGUGGUCGUCCCACUGCCAUCGACGCCAACGUGCGCAGCAACAGCAGCAAAAGCGGCGGGACGGCGUCGACUGUGCCGGCGCGAAAGUACCGACGUUCGCGGACGACGGUGUUGGACGGAAGUGGUGUUCGACCAGUGCCGCGUGGAUGCCCGCCGUGUGUGCCGGUGUUGUGGCUGUGCUGUGUUACAUGAACUCGCUGGAUGGAGAUUUCGUGCACGACGACAUGGUGGCGGUGGUGGGGAACCCCGACGUCACCGGUGAGAACAGACGACACGCGUUGUCGUCGUCGCUUUGGACGAACGAUUUCUGGGGCCGGCCGAUGGCCGACCCCCGGAGCCAUAAGUCGUACCGGCCGCUCACAGUGCUCAGUUUCAGGGCCAACUACUACGCCAAUGGGCGCCAGGUACGCGGUUACCACAUGGUCAACGUGGCUCUGCACUGCGCAUGCUCCGUUCUGGUGGCCAUCGUCGCACGCUGCGUGAUGCGGAUACCUGCCCUCCACGCGUGCCUGGCAGCGAUGCUCUUCGCUGCCCAUCCGGUCCACACUGAGGCCGUGUCCAGCAUAGUGGGCCGAGCCGAAGUGCUGUGCUGCCUCUUCUUUCUGCUCUCGUUACUCUGCUACCACUGCUGCCAAGAUUCCAGUGAUGGCAGAGAAGGUCGCGCAAGGUCGAUGUGCCUCGCAGCAUGCGGUAUACUGUCCGUGUGUGCGCUGCUCUCCAAGGAGCAAGGCAUCACCGUGCUGCCGCUGUGCAUGGCCCUGAGGAUACGCACAUUAAUCGUUGAUUCUGGGAGUACAGAAGGACAGACGCAAUGCCAUAUGGCUCGCCGACGAUGCUGGCCAAUGUGCAGAAACUGCCUACGAGACACUGUCUACCGAUGCUUUUUGGAUCGUCACCUUGCCGCUCUCGCGGCAUUGGCGACGUUACUAUUGUGUUUCAGGCUAUGGAUUCUACAAGGAAGCUUCCCCCAAUUUUCCGAGAUGGACAACCCGGCUUCCUUCUCACCAAAGCGUGGAACGAGGCUGCUGACUUACAGCUACCUUUGCGCUUUCAACGCCUGGCUCGUCUUGUGUCCACGUACCCUGUCUUACGAUUGGCAGAUGGGCAGCGUACCUCUCGUGACGUCACCACUAGAUCCUAGGAAUCUGGCAACACUGGUUAUACUCGUUUCGCUAGCAGCCCUCGCCUGGCAGGCCUCGAGCCCAUGGCAUCGAAAAUGCAACUCUCCUGGUGAGUCAAGACAGCAGUGCUGCUACUACAGAACUCCCGAGCAACUGCACGAGCCUUCUUCGGGACUGCUAGUGGCACUACUCCUGGCCGUACUACCUUUUCUUCCGGCGUCCAACCUCUUCGUGACCGUCGGCUUCGUUGUCGCCGAGAGAGUUCUCUACAUUCCCAGCAUUGGCGUGACUCUGCUCGUGGCCGAAGGAUUGCACCGCCUCCACACGCGGUGUGGUGUAGUGCUCAGGUGGUGCAGCUGGGCCUGCUGCUUCAUUCUAGUGCUGUUGUUUGCUGCACGCACCUGGAACAGGAACGGCGUGUGGGCCUCUAGAGAAACGUUAUUCGAAUCAGGCAUCAGGGACCUCCCGGGAAACGCAAAGAUGCACUACAACUACGCCAAUCUGCAGAAGGACUUCGGCAACUCUGACCUGGCCGUCAAGCACUACAGGCUGGCAAUCGAGUUGUGGCCCGAGCACGCCAGCGCACACAAUAACUUGGGCACUGUGCUGACGUCGACGGAAGAGUCGGAACACCACUUCCGGUACGCCUUGCGUGUCAACCCAAACCAUCCAGGGGCUCAUUUUAACCUCGCCAAUAUCUACAGCAAGCAAGGCCAAAAGGAGGUUGCCCGGACUCUGCUGGAGCGUGCGGUGGAGCUGGAGCCCGAUUUCUGCGAGGCCUACUCGUCCCUAGCGGCGCUGGCCGCCGAAAGGGGAGACCUCGCUGGAGCCGAGAGGCUGCACCACAUGGCGCUGAGAAGCGACGACCGAAACGCUGACGCCCGGAACAACUACGGAACGUUCCUUCAGUCACACGGGCGAGCCGAGGAGGCUAUGACACAAUACCAGCAAGCCCUCGAUCUCCAGCAAAAUCACACCGUGGCUCUCCUGAACGCUGCCAGAAGCCUCCGGAGCAUGAACCUCAACAUGCAGGCGGAGAGCCUAUACAAGAGGGCACUCGCUGUUGAGCCAGACCCUCAAGUGAUGGACAACCUCGCUGUGUUCUACGUCAAUGCUGGUCGCCUGGACGAAGCAAGGCAGCUCUUCGAAGAAAUUCAUCGGCUUUUCCCAGAGCAUCGCGACAGCAAAGUUCACCAUGCUCAGCUUCUCAUUAGGCUCCGAAGCUUCCGAGUGGCUGAAGACCUCCUUCUAGACGUCAUAGAGAACAACGGCACUGACAGAGGGGCCUUGCACACGGCUGCACUACUGCACAACCACAUCAACCGCACAGUCGAGGCCCUUGACUACAUACUGAAGGCUCUAAAGCUGUGCGGCGUGGAUGAACCGCAAUGUGCAAGAAUACACAGCGAUCACGGCGACAUACUCAAGGACAUAGGCGACCUCAGCUCGUCCGCACAGAGUUACGAAGUCGCUAUUCGUCUCGAUCCAGGCCUCGCUCAUGCUCAUUUGAACCUUGCCGUGAUAAGACACCUAGAGAGUGACUACCAUGGCGCAUUUCGCCGCUACCAGGUGGCCCUGUCUCUCGAUCCAAAGAACAAGCUCAUCAUAGACAACAUGGCCAAGUUAAGGCGGCGGAUCACUAGGGCACUGCCUUUCCACGACUGCGUUUAAAGCCGAUGCGUCGCCGAAAUGCAUUUACCUUGCCGCUUUUUCUGCAUAGUGGCGUUCAUGUUUUGACGGCACCUUUCCAAUGAAUUCCCACUCUAUCGCUUUCAAUGUUUUGCGACUUUGUCAUGGAAAGUGGGGACAUCUGGUGAAGGCAGUUCAAGGGUAGUACAAUGAUACCAGGGCUCAGUAACAACAGUUCUGGGGUUCUACCUUUAUUUUUGACAUGAAAUGGUCCUCUGGAACAUCUCGUCUCGUUCCAGAGUGAUGUUAAGGCCACCUCCAAAUCUGAUCUAGACUGCAAUUUCGUGUCACUGAUUUGAAAGACGACAAUUUUCCGAAAGUGUUCUUCGAAGUCUGGUAAUUCUGUAGGCUGCAGAUAGCCGAAAACAGCAAACAACCUACGUCAUAAACCCCUUCUGCUAAAUGCCUCGUGUGGGAAUUUCGGCCUUCGUACCAUAGUACUUUGUCAUUACAGCAUUUAAAUCAAUUUUGAGAUUUGUCUAAUACAUGAUUGCCAAGACUCUUUGUAUUCUCACAUGUUGUUCUUUUCUUUAUUUAGUAUGAAAAACAUUACUCUUGAAAAGCUAGGUCUAAUGAGUUUCACUUAUUGCAUGACAAAAAAGAAAAAGAAACAUCACAAUCAGUUUCUGCUGACUUUGUGCCCUGACAUAAUGUCAACCUGUCCCAUGAAUGACACUGAUGGCACAGAAGCCGCCACCUGCCGGUACAAAAUUUCUUAGGCAGACGUUGGCGGCUUCUAUAUCGAAUGUGAACGAAAGUGAAUGAAGACUCUGAUCCUCUCUCAUAUAGGCCUGUGUUUGCGCCUUUCCCGGCAGAAGAAGAAAGUGGACAUGAGAAUCUUUCCUACGGAGUGUGUCAUGAUUGUUGUCCUGCUCAUUUGCCCUUUCCUUGCCGCAAGCUCUGGAAUUCCUUUGAACUACCCCCUUUUUUUCGAGCGGUGGCAUAAGACUAUGCAACAACGUGCCUAGAUUUCCUACUCUCAUGUUAGUGAGUGCGGCAUUGCAGCGUUACUCUCAAAGUGUGGCAGAUUUGCUCAGCUGGGUUGCUGUGCGAAUGGACGUGAUGGACCGUUCUUGUGGGCCCGUCCGGAUUAAGUGGGUGGAAGUGACGAAGGCCGAAAUGACAACUGAGGCAUACAAUGCGAACAUUACGAAAUAAAAUGCCUGAUUUCAUAUUCACAUGCUGUGCGCUUGAGUAUUGAUUAUAUUUGUAUGUGGUGGAAGCGUCUUAGAGGCUGGCGCAUUGUCUAGUAACGGGGCAUCAUGAAGAAAUGUGUCUAAGGAUGCUCGAUCAAAUCGAUACUGGUAUAAGGUAUAAAUUCUAGUUCCAACGAAUUUUACACAAUAACGAAAUUCUGCGGCUCUACGAAUUUGGUGUAAAUUAGAAAUGCUCGACAGAAAAUGAAUUCUUUCACUAUCUGGAAUGUGUUUACGCCCAUUAAAUCUGUAUAGCGCUCUAGAAGCAGCCUGAUGCAAUGCUACGGCAAGACAUUACGUGUUUAUGUUUGGCAGUUAAUUUGGUCACUGCAGUUUUCACCUCUGCCAAAGAAAUGGACACUAGAGAUUCCACAGACAAUUAUAUACACUCUUCGUUCCAGGCAUGGGCGAUUCAGGAACUUGAGAGCCAAUUGCAUGAUUUUCAUCAGCCGGCGUUUAGAACUGUAGAAUCAUGUUCAAGCAUGCGUUUAUAAGAUAGCUCCUCAUUGCAUAAUUGUGCCAGACAUAGGCAGCGUCAGUACCUGUUCCGAAAUAAUAAUGUCAGUCGAAGCUCCUCGACACACAAAGUCUUGUUACAGGUUCUCAGGAGCGCCGCCGCAGAUUCCUACAGAUCUGGGCUAUCCUGGUUGUUGAGUGCGCAUGAUUGAAGGUUCAUGUAAUUUUUUUCCCGACCAAGUGACUACAACGUGAAUUUUCAGUGACGUCGGAAGCUGACAACGUUGUGAUGUCGCGCUGUGUGCAAAGAUGUACACUCUGUGUGACAUGGCAAGGAAUAUUACUCUUUCAAAGCCCGUUCGGUUAAUCUGCAGUGAUCAAAUGUGUGUUCACAGAGAUUGGGUUACAUCGGGACAGUGCGAGGCAACAUAAAAGAAUAUGACGACCAAGGGUCACUAAAGAAUGUGCCCUUUUGCGUGGCUGGUAGACGAAACGAAUUAUUGCUCAAGUUGGAUCUUGUGAUAUGACGGAGAAAAAAGCGCAAGUAAGCCAACCAAGGCUUUGCGAACACUUCUUUCGGAGUGUGCUUAAAAAGCAACGCAAUAUUACUUUUUAUUUUGUGUUGCUUUUUCUUGCAAAUUGUAAUCGAUGUUGUCUCAUUGGCGUAACUUUGUGAGUGCGUGCCCUUUCUACAAAGCAAGCCGGCUGUCCAAGAUUGAAGGUCAGUUUUAACGAACUGUUCUUCGUAGCUUACUCCUUAGCGAGAAAUUUGAUGGUGGUAACUUCGUGCUGUAGGUGUUUAUUGUACCUAAAAUAUUUCACACAUUGAAUAUGUUGCCUUCCUUCCACUAUAGCUCCAAAGUGACAUCUUGAUUGCAAGAUGACCUCGCAAGAGCCGUUACUCACGUCGCCAUACUUCAUGAGAGCCUAGCAAGGGUAGCUCCCCCUUCAUGAAGAGUGUUUCACUAUGUGAAUAAUUUGUCAACUGUCGCGAAUGCUAGGUGUUCAUCAAUAUUGUUGCUUGCCGACAGGGAGUCAUUUCAACCCAAAAAGUUGUGUUUUUAUAGGCCACAAGCAAUGAUAUACAUCAUCGAGCUGUGCAUUGUUUUCGUGGUUUUGCAUCGAUGAGAGUCAUCGUUUUCUUACCAUCCAAUAACUGAAUCUUCGUUUCAUAGAGUUGGUAUUUUUUCCUAUAGCCCAAUGAACUGAAAUGGCCAGUGUCUCUGCCCCGCACAUAUGUUUGUCUGUCGUCACGUAUAAGAGUGCCAUUGUUGGGAGUUAUCUUUUCACAUGUGUGUGGCUGAGUGCUACUUGUGCGUAACAAGUUUGUAGAAAAAAU